UACAUUAACAGUGGCAAUACACGUACCGACAAUCUACAAGGUGUAUAUAUAUAAUAAUGACUGAAAAUGACCAAAUAUCCUUACUACACGACGACGUGAUGCCCAAUAUGGAAUCUAAUUCCGUAUCAAAAGAAAGUCAGAAAUCAUCAUGGAUAUUUUACGUUUCAGCAUUUACAGCGGAUUUGCUGCUUUUAAGCGUGGGAAGUUUAAACGUUUUUCCAUCGGUGGUUUUUCCCGUAAUAAAAAACAACAACACAGAUAUAAACCCAUUUGGAGAACCAAUAAAGCCCAUUGAAGAGUCUAUAAUGCUGUUGUCUUCAGCUAUAUCUGCACUAAUAGGUUUUCUAUUAAUGGCAAAAAUAUCAGAUAAAAUUGGUAGAAAAUGGAGUAUGGUAGGCCUUGGUAUAUCAUGUGUUGGGACUUUCACCGCCUUAGCCUUUGGAAGACACGUGUAUGUUUAUAUGGUAGCUUAUUUCUUAAACGGCUUCAUUUCAGCUGGUGUUGUGAUAAAUGUCUCAAUAUACAACGGCGAAAUUUCUAACGAAGACAACAGAGCUUGGAUUGGUUGCGUAGUAGGUUUGUCGAUGCCAGCAGGAUAUCUUUAUGGCUAUAUUUCCGGUGUAAUUAGCCCUCAUAAUAUCACGCUGAUUUGUUUAACAUGCGCGUUGCCCUGUGUUCUACACGUAUUGCUAUCCUAUUUUCUUAUAGAAUCUCCAACGUAUUUAACCUCAAGAAGACGAAAAGUAGAAGCAUUAGAUGCUCUAAGUAAAUUAAGAAUAUAUCAAGACUACAGUGAUAUUGAAAAGGAAUAUCAGUCAAUAGAGGAUUUCAGCUUUACUGGUAACGACAAUAAGAAAGCGACAGUCUUUAGUUUAUUUAAACGACGUGUUUCAAGGAAAGCUCUACUAAUUGGAAUAUUACUAUUCGCUGCACAACAAUUAUCGGGAAGUCCAAUCAUUACAUCAUAUUUAGUCCCAAUUUUUAACAAAGCUGGUACGCUAUUAUCUGGAACCACGUUCAGUAUUAUACACGGAUCACUACAACUUGUUGUGUGUAUACUAGCUACAUUUAUUGUAAACUGGUUUAACAGAAGACCGCUCAUCUUGAUUUCCACACUGGGAUGUGCCAUUUCAAUGACAUUGUUGGGUGCUUAUUUUUAUAUAAAAGAAAACAUGGUCGCAUCUAUAGAAGAUAUACGUUUAAUACCCAUUGCGUGUAUCAUUUUGUUCGACAUAUCAUAUGGAAUUGCUUUGGGACCAAUGCCCAUGGUUUUAAUAGGAGAAUUAUUUCGUAAUGAACAAAGAGCAAUAGGGGUCGCUAUUAUAACUAUUGUUUUCUGUGUAGUGUCUGGUGGUACUACUUUUAGUUAUCCCCUAUUGAAAGUACUUGCUGGAGAAUAUCUAAACCUGAUGCUUUAUGGAUUAAUAACAUUUGUAACAUUAUUUUUAUUGUUUAAGUAUUUACCGGAAACGAAGGGAAAAACUUUUGUAGAAAUCCAAGAAGUUCUUAGUAAAUAAGUUU